AUGGGAAAGCCCGAAAUCAGCGUACAGUACUACGAAGACAUCCCCGGAAUAACAGUAUCCAUACUCGAAUCCAAGAUGGAUGGAGGCGGAUUCGAUGGUUAUGAGCUCUGUUUGAAGUAUGGCGGUAUCAACUCGUCAUAUGACUGGUACUCGGAAGCCAACAUCACUGCUGGAGAACCCGAUUUUACUACAAUCAUAGUAGAAGCGCUUACAACGUAUGCAGUCAAAGUCUGUUUCCAUUUUCACUACUUCUACUCCACCUAUAUGCAAACUGUGCACACUUUUCCUUCAUUCGCCCCAAUACUUCACAUUUCCACGCCCACCCUCCUUCACAUGGCACACACGUGGCGACUUAUCGCCAUCCCAUCAACAAUCACAACUGUGCUCAUUCUGUGCUGUUUAGGUGCUAGUGUUCCCCAAAGUGCGAAACUGAUUGCCGUCGACAAUUACACGGUGAGCAUGACAUGGGAACCGCCGGCCAAAUCCUACGGUUACAUUAGUAGCUACAACAUCCAAUGGACUCGCGAUGCUGAACGGCAUGGAGAUGUCCGUCCCAAUACAACUCUCUCCUAUCAAUUCACGGAGCUGCAGCCAGGCCAAACCAUUUCAGCCUAUGUUCGUGCAUACAGUCGCUCAGACUCUGCACCGAACUUAGAAUACAUCGGUUCCCAAAGUGCAUUUCUAAGGGAAACUACACCAGGGCCGAAAGAGGGCAUUAAAAGGGAAUAUGAAGGAAAUGACUUGUUUUGGAUUGUAAAUGAAGGCGUAGUUGUCACGACGGAAGGAGUUGCAUCGACCCAUGUAAUCACAACGCCGAACAGACCUGCACGUGGACCUGUAAUGUCAAGGUUGAACAGACCUGAACAGAUCCCUGCCGUCUCCACGUCAAUGCUGCCCUCUUCGCAAUCGCCAAUCACCAGGUCAAAAACUUCUGCCUCGACCGCAGCUUCUACUUCCACAUCUUUAACCGCAGCAGCCGUGUUCAUCGCCAUGGUAGUGGUGCUCCAGUGA